AUGAGUGGGUCAGUGAUCAUGGGCAUGGGGCCAUGGCUGGCGGCUGGCUGUCCAGCCAGCUUUGUGCUUGGCAUUGGCAGCAAAACUUCUGAGUUCUUGAGCCGACUGGACACAGAGUUACCGAACAGAACUGCCUGUCACAUUGCUCUUCGCAACCCACAGUCCUCAACAUGGGCCAGAAGCUGGGCUUAUAAGGAUUCUCUAAGAAAAGAAGAAAAUGAAAAAUUGCAGAAGAUGAAGAAUGAACAACAUCGGAAGAGUGAAUUACUGGAACUUAAGCGACAGCAGCAAGAGGAAGAAAGAGCCCAAAUCCACCAAACUGAACACAGGAGGGUAAAUAAUGCUUUUCUGGACCGACUCCAAGGCAGAAGUCAACCAGGUGGCCUCGAGCAGUCUGGAGGCUAUUGGAAUAUGAAUAGCGGUAACAGCUGGGAUAUAUGA